AUGCAGUUUGUAACCAGAUUUAUUAAAUUUCCAACCACCAUUCAAGAGCUAGAUGUUCAGGUAGAAAAGUUUCAUGGAAUUGCCGGAUUUCCAAGAGUGGUGGGAUUAGUUGAUGGAACUCAUGUGCAAAUAAAGGCGCCAUCAGAAGAUGAAGCAGUGUAUGUAAACCGUAAAGGUUUCCACAGUAUGAAUGUGCAAAUUGUCAUUGACGCUUUUGAUAAAAUCACAAAUAUUGUUGCACGUUGGCCUGGUAGUGUACAUGACAGCAGAAUGCUCCAAAACAGUUGUCUACGCCAGAUGUUUGCAGAUGGGCAAAUUCCAUUUAGAGGCAAAUACCACAUUCUGGGCGACAGUGGAUAUGCCUGUUCAGAAUGGCUCCUUACACCAUACCUGAAUCCACAGCCAGGGAGUCAGAUUGCCUACAACAGGUUCUGGGACACCAAGUCUGUGUUUAGUCCAGAGGAGCGAUUGAAGGCCCACAAGAAACUUGAGAAGCAGAAAGACAGAGCCAGGAAACGAGAGUAA